GAAAAGGCUCCGACGCCCCGACCUGGAUAAUCGCAUGAGCAGGGAACGCCACAGGAGCACAGCCUCAAUCCUCACGUACCGCCUCUUUCAUGUAGGUAGAGCAUGAUCCGCAGAUUUGCCGCCAUCCCGAUUCUGCUCGGCGGCCAAAGCCCAACGAUGCCGAAUCCUGUCUCAGAUCACCCGGGUGAAUCUCGCCGAUCUGCCCAUCUUGUCUUGCCAUGCGCCGUGAGACAAAUCUCACAUACCUCAUUAGGGCUGCCACGGGGCUGCAUAUAUGCCUCAUCCCCUUUUCGGUGCGAUUCCUAUUCUUCCUUGGUCGUGACGGGUUUUUCGUUUUUGUCUCGAGCUUCCUUUUUUUUUUCCCCUCCCUUCUCACGCUGUCUCUCCUUUUACUACAGCGGUCAGACAUUGACUACCAGAACCCAGUAAUCCGGAACCUCCCCCUUUUUUUCGCACCAUUUCCUCUCCCCCCCCCCCGUAACCAAUUCAUCACUAUCCCAUCCCUGGAUACGACCAACCCGCGCGCCGCGCUCCCUAGCCUACUCCAGAUCCCUCUCCCCUCCCAGCCCCUGAACCCCAUCCUCCCCCACGCGGGAGAUGGACGGGACGAUAUAACUAGGGGUUUUGUUUAUAUAUGUAGGCAUAAUAUACAUCUCAAGUCAAUGCGACUAUGCCCGCGCGUCUUGGUCGACCGACUCCACCACACCGGUUCCGUUCCCAUACCUAAUUCCGACUUUACGCCUAUCAAGAGGAGGGAGCAAUAAAGCAAAGAGAGAAAGGACCCAGUUCGCGAGAUGCGAUAUGAGACAAGCCUCCUCGCGUUGGCUAGCCUGUAUAACACGUCCUUGGUCCUAGGGAACCGCCGCAUCCCCGGUAUGUCGGUUGUAUUGCCCGCCCUACCUGACGCCGGCGCGCGCUUGGUCGGUUCGAGAGAGGAAAUCGGCGUCCUGUGCACACGCACCAAACACACACACCGGCGUCGCAUGUCUUAAACGGCACCACCCAUAAGCUUAACAUGGGUCGGGUGUCGCGAGGGCCAGUCUUACCCAUGUACUCAGCUACCUACUAGCCAACCACCAUUCCCGCAACGUGAUUAUCACGGCUACUAAGACGUGUGUCUUCCGUGUCUCGAACUAGCCCGGUCUAGAUAGGCCGACGGAAUGGACACGUCUGUAUGCCGUGGGUGUGCAUACGUCGCCUGGGCAUGGCAGACAGGUCCGGGAAGAACCAGAGAUAUCAGUCUCCGCGCAACGCGCUACGCCAGACCGCCGGACAUCCCCUAGAGCGCCGGGAAAAGAAAAGAGAGGGAGGAGAAAAAUAAAAAUAAAAGCCCUGGGCUGCGCCGCUCGUGCGCCUCCCAACACAGCUAGGUGUCUCCUCUCUCUCUGCCUCGCUCUCCGUCGCUCUCUCUCUCUCUCUCUCGUCUCCCAAAAUCUCGCGCAGACUGCCUAGGUCUACGGGUACAGGCACGAUCCGCGCUCGUCCCUC